UCCUCCCCCAGACAAGGAGCUGAGGACAGAGCCCAGGGAGGACAAAUCCCCGCGGCAGAACCUGGUGGAAGAGGCCGUUUUGAGCGGCUCCAUGGCGCAGGAAUCCAACGGGGAGGAAAAGCCCCAGAGAUCUCUUAGGAGGAGGGGCUGCAAACGCAGCCCAGGGAGCUGUGAGGAGGAAAGACCCACCCUGUGCCAGGAAGGCGGCUGGAGAUCCAACCAGAGCUCAAACCUGGUGGUCCAUGAGCAGCAUCAAACUGGGGAGAAGCCGCACAAGUGCUUGGAAUGUGGGAAGAGCUUCAGCUGGAGAUCUCACCUGAUCCGCCACCAGAUGAUCCACACUGGGGAACAGCCCUAUGAGUGUGGGGAAUGUGGGAAGAGCUUCAGCCAGAGCUCCAACCUGAUCCGCCACCAUAUAAUCCACACUGGGGAAUGGCCCUAUGAGUGUGGGGAGUGUGGGAAGGGCUUCAGACACAAUUCCAACCUGAUACGCCACCAGAUGAUCCACACCGGGGAGAGGCCCUACGAGUGUGGGGAAUGUGGGAAGAGCUUCAGAGACAGCUCCCACCUGAUCCUCCACCAGAUGAUCCACACUGGGGAAUGGCCCUACGAGUGUGGGGAAUGUGGGAAGGGCUUCGGACAGAGCUCUGAGCUGAUCAUCCACCAGAGAAGCCACACCGGGGAGAGGCCCUACAAGUGUCCCGAGUGUGGGAAGAGGUUUCAGACCACCUCCGAGCUCCUCAAGCACCAGCGGAUUCACACGGAUGAGAGGCCCUUCCGCUGCCCUGACUGCGGGAAGGGCUUCAACCGCAACUCCCACCUCAUCAGGCACCGGCGCAUCCACACUGGGAAGAGGCUCUACAAGUGUCCUGAGUGUGGCAAGAGCUUCAUCCAGAGCUCAGCCUUGACCAGACACCAACAGAGGCACCGGUAAGUGAAGCCCUGCGAGUGCCCUGACUGCAGAAGAGCUUCGUGCACUGCUCCAACUUCAUCCUUCACUGAAGGACCCACAUUCCCUGUAUCCAUGUUGGGAAGACACCUGGCUGGUUGUCUUCUCCAUAUCCUUCUGGAUCCCCAUAGGCACCAGGGAUGAUGAUGUUUGGGAGGAUUUGGGGGUUCUGAGGGGAGAUGGAAGAGUUUUCUCCAUCACUUUGCACUCCAGAAGAUGAGAGGUCUCAAUCUGUCACCUCACAACCACUGAAUCCCAGUGAAAAAUGUUCAGUUCCCACUCC